AUGCAAGAGAUGGAAACUAUCUUCUCCCCUGAGGACGUCCUGCGACCGCAUGCCUACGUCGAAGUGACUUCCUCGACGCGAGAGGAACCUCGCGAGCAUCCAAUGCCAAUAGACAUAACGCAAGAAGCAGAAAAUCAGCCGAACAGUCGAAGAGAAUCAAGCAUCAUCGAGGUCAACCACGCGUCUUUCCUAGAUGCGUUUGUGCGCAACUACACCCAGCAGCCCGGUAACUUCAUGGACCUUGCCUUGAAGGACAGGCACGUCUACCGUCACGAUCCUCUCCUGUCUGUCUUCUCAUGGGAGCCCAUCACCGCCUUCAUGUCCUCGAGAGCCGGUCAGCUCAUCGCUCUGCUCGUGGCCGUGCCUUGGCUGGUGGUGAGGAUAUACGAGGUCGCAGCUCUCCGGCAGCAAGACUUCUUCUUCCCAUCAAUCAGCUCGAUGCAUGUCAUCCUAGAGCCGCACGCCAUACCCAGCAACGUGUCGUGCGGCUGGGAUGCGCGUCUGGAGCUGCGGAGCUGGUUCUUCCCUCCGCUUGCUCUGCUGAUGGCGGGGAUCGGAGCAGCCUUUAACAGAGUGCGGUGGGUGAACAAGAUCUUUGUUUUCUUCGGAGCGCUCGACGCGGCCUGCAACAUGCUGAUAUUCCUUCGGCUGGAG